AUGGAAGAAACAUUGAUUGAGGCUGUGAGGCAGCAGACUGCCAUUUGGCAGAUAACUUCCCACUCCUACAGAGACAUUAGAGUUAAGGAGAACGCAUGGAAGGAAGUUGCCAGGGAAUUGGACAUCUCCGUUGAGCUGGCAAUGAAGAAGUGGAUUUCUCUCAGAGACAGAUUUGUAAGGGAGCUGAAGAAAACCACGCACCGUGUCUUUGGUGACAGUGGACCACCAACUACUUCCUCGUGGAAGUAUUUUGAGAUUUUGAUGUUCCUGGCUGACACGAUGAAGCACCAACAAAAAGCCGGUUUUAAUUCACUCUUUACAUCUAGUGAUAAGAUGUUCGAUGAAUGUGAUGGUACUGCCAAUCAACUUGUCCUUGGGGAGACAUGA